AUGCUUCUGCAGGGCCUUCUUCCCUUGCUUACUUCUCUCUUGACGUCUGCCCCCACCGCGUCUUCAAUUGCAGACUCUUGCUAUGGAUCCGCUCUUCCUACGAUCUCUCCCUCUACCGAUCAUCGCUCUGUGCCCUGGGGCUCCCCUAGUGUGCACUUUUCAUCCCUAAACGGUACGCUUACCACAUGCUGCAACUCUCUCGACGAUGUGCGCACCGCGCUCGACGAUAUUGAUGAUCGGCUUUUAAAUCUGCUCAAUCAACGAGCCGCCUACGUGCGCGAGGCCACGCGUUUCAAGUCCACACGCGCUUCUGUGAAUGUACCUUCCCGUAAUGAAGAGGUGGUCCGUCAGGCGGAGCAGCAAGCCGUGCACAUCGGCAUGCCGGUAACUAUUGCACGGGCGACCUUUGAGGCUAUUCUGAUCUCGAGCGUGCCAUUUGAGCAAUGUAUCUUUGAUGUCAAUCCUCAGUAG